AUCUGACAAAUAAAAUUGCGCUAAAAUUGUUGGUAACGCAACCAAUGUAAAAUACUGUUUUAGAUUUAUAAGUGUUAUUUGAUGUAUUCAAAAUGAGUAUUUCGAAAAAUAAUGGUGUUGAAAAAGUGCGCAAAAAGCCUAGGAAACAUCGAAAAUUACGCCGCCUUGUUGAGAAUGGGAGUACCGAUAUAGCACAAAAAUGGAGAAAAAAUGAUAGAAAAAUUUUAAUUUUGUUUAUAUUUGUGAUUCUAACAAUUAGCAUGGUACUCCCAUACUAUGGAUUUAAUGCAUAUGGGAACUUUGUAUACAAUUUCCUAAAUACGUAUCAAAAACAAUAUAUGCAAAUAUCGCACGGUCAUGCUGAAUACUGCAAUCGCAUAUUGGAUACUCGUACAUUAUUUAUCAACAUUCAAAAACAUAUAAUAAAUCAGGAUAACGUUUUGCAGCAACUCGAAAUAUAUUUACGUAAUGAAAGUCGAUUUAUUUCACUUGCGGUGGUUGGUGCAGUUGGUGUAGGAAAAAGUUUGUUUGUACGUAAUUUAGAAAAAUAUUUUCCUUGGCAGGAAAAUAUACAGUCCUAUGCUUGGAAUGCAUAUGUAAAAAACAAAGAAAGCCGCAUGCAUAUUCUUGCGAAUAUAAAAGAAAAACUUCAUCAAUGUGGACGUAAUUUGGUUGUUAUCGACAACUUGCAGCCAAAUUCUGCAUACGUUACAGACACUUUAAACAAAAUAAUAACCAAUGAUUUGGUUGCAGCAAACAAAUAUACUAUUAUAAUUUAUGUAUACAUUUUAAACACCAUGUCAUCCGACGCUUCAUAUUUAAAAGAUUAUAAUCUCUUGCAAAAUUUACCACAAACUAAAACAAUUAAUUUUAAACGUUUUGGUUAUAACGAAUUAAAGGAUUGCAUAAAGCGAGAAGCUUUGUUGGCGAACAUAACAUUGAGUCUACAGGAUUUUGACGAAAUUGUGGAAACAGUUAAUGUGACAAAUUCGGGAUGCAAGAAGGUAUACGCUAAGGUGCAGUCCUUUAAAAAUACGGGCCACUAAAAAAUAAAAAGACAAAGCGUGUGAUAUAAAUAGUAAAAGUAAACAAAAUAUUUUUUUUUAAAAAAAUUUGUUAAGACGACUGAAACUGUAGUUAUUUAGCUUUAAAUUAUUUAAAAUAUUCG